AUGGAAUAUCAUUAUUCAGAUCUUUGUAUACCUACCGAUCAUCUUUUGACUGAUCACUAUGGUGCAGAAUAUACACAGCAGUACUUAAUACCCUCACAAGAGGCAGAAUAUGAAGUAAGAAGUAGUGUCCUGGUGGAUGGUGGAGAUAGGUAUGGAGUAUCAGCUGUGGUCUUUGACAAAUAUGAAGAAUUGAUAUGGAUGGGGAAUCAAGGUGGCCAUGUAACAUCAUAUUAUGGCCCUGGAAUGCAGAAAUACACUUCCUUUCAAAUACAUGAAUCUGAGGAAGUCAGAGAUAUAUUAUCAGUUGAACAGGGGAUCUAUGCAUUGACAAAGACAACCUUACGCCAUCAAAUACGUAGAGGAAUUCCUAAGCACACAUACAGAUCUGAGAGCAUGAUAGACAUGCAGUGUCUAUUUCAAGUGAGUCCAACAAAGAUAAUGAUGGGAGGACAUCAAAGUAAAUUAUUGGAGCUUGAUAUAAACAAAAUGUCAGAAACUGUAAUACCUAUUAAAGAAGAUGGUUGUGUGGUGCUUCGUAGCGGAGGAGGAGCGCUAGUGGCUUGUGGCAGUGCUAACGGUAAAGUAGCGCUUCGCGAUAUUCGAACUCCAAAUGCAGCUGAACACACAUUCAGGGCCCACACAGCUUGUUUGUCAGAUCUGGACAUGCAGGGUGAUUUACUUAUAUCAUGUGGCUUCACUCAGUCCGUCGGCGGGGUAGCGGUGGCGGAGCCCUACGUAGUAGUGUGGGACGUGCGCUGUCUCCGCGGCAGGUCUAAUGCGGAAGGUGCUUGGUCACUCCAUACAGCUGCUCCCCCUCUUUUGUUGCACUUCUUGCCCGCGUUCUCUGGUCGAGCGGUCGCCGUAUCGGGGGAUGGUCACGUCGCGUUACUGCACGUCAAUAUACCGGAUGAUGUGGAUAAGCAGUCUGUGUUUCAGGUUGACAUGCAGAACUCUCUCUGCAGUGUAAUGGAUGUGUCGGCAACAAGCCAAGCACUUGCAUUUGGCGACCAAGCUGGCCACCUUCAUUUGUUUUCACCUCAACAUAAUCAUGAACCUGUAUUUAAUAACUUCUCAAGAUCAACGGAGUUUGCAGAUCAAGUAGUGGGACUGCCUUUCGUUAGUUUCAACGACACAGCAUUUCAGUUCUCUACUGUGCCACUACCGCCUUUAACGUCCGGAAACAAGUGGUUCAACGAAUUGCCACCGGAAUUCUUUAGAAAAAAUUACAGAAAACCUAAACCGGUUGACCCUGAAGUGCUCAAAUCAAUGAAAAUGCAAGGACCUAUUGGUUACGCGCCCAAUCCGAGGACGUUCAAAAGAAAUCAGAUGCCUUAUUUACAAGAUAAUCUAGAAGAUUUGAACACAGCUAAACAAAACGAAACUAAUUUCAAUACACAGCCUAUUCCCAAACAUUAUCAAAAGAUGGAUCUUCGCUACAAUAAGCAUGGACCAAAUGAAGAAUUAGAAACUUAUAAUAAAACCAAACUACCAGGACUUGAAGCAACUAUACCUAAUUCUUAUUGCAAUCCUAUGCUCCAGGUGCUGUAUUACAUAUCGCCUCUUAAAGCAAUGCUUUUGGCGCACACUUGCGCUAAAGAGUUCUGUCUAAGUUGUGAAUUGGGCUUCCUUUUCCGGAUGCUGGAUACAUCUGGGGGCGCGGCGUGCCAGGCGAAUAACUUCUUACGUGCAUUCCGCACGGUGCCCGAAGCGGCCGCUUUGGGGCUCAUACUUACCGACCGAGCAGACACGCGUCCUGAUCUCCUAGCGUUAAUACAGAGUUGGAACCGUUUCAUCCUGCAUCAGAUCCACUAUGAAAUACUGGAGACAAGAAAAAAAGAAAAGGAACUGGCGAUGCUGUCGCAGAACUCUAGCCCACCUAAGGUUGUUCGAGUCAACGCAAACACAGUGCAAAUGGGAAUCAAUGGCCAAUACAGGGAGGAAUAUCAAUAUACUGAAAUAGAAUUCAUGGGGCCAACAACUGAGUAUAGUAAAGAUGAAAGACAGGAAGAGGACGGCUGGAAGCUUACUGAGGAAGGUAACUGUGCAUCAGAACAAGUUCAAAAUAAUGAUCAAGAGCUUUCGAGCAAACAUGCUGAACGGGAGGAGUCUGAAAUAUCUCAGCUGUUUGCAAUCGGCCGUCAUCAGCUAAAUCGGUGUUUGAAAUGCAAUAAAGAGGAGGAGCGCGAGUCUGUAGUGCUGGCGUGCGCUUUGCAGUACCCUGGCGGUGCAGGGGGUGCAGGGGGCGGGGCGGGGGGUGCCGGGGGCGCGGGCGAGGCGCGCGGGUUCGUGGAGCUGGUGCGCGCGUCGCUGGCCGCGCGCCGCAGCACGCCCGCCUGGUGCGACGCGUGCGCGCGCUUCACGCCCACCGCGCAGCGCGGCCGCCUCGUGCGAUUACCACCAAUAUUAGCUAUCAACUGCGGAGGAGUGACGGCACACGAAAAAUCUUACUGGUCAAAAGGCACCCCAAAAGACCUGCCCGAGGCAGGAAAAAGAGGCGCCAGCGGCAAGCCGUGUCGUUACGGCUUACAUUGCGCUAGACAAGGUUGCCGUUUCAAACACCCAGACAGACCUGUAUCAUCACAAUCUGGAUCAUUGAAGAGUCCAUCGCAGGAAUCAAACUGCGUUCUGCCGCUUCAGUUACUCAUACGGCUGCAGUCUGAUGGGGACGUCGUUAUCAACGAUAAGAGCGACCUAAGCUUAGAAUUGACCCGGGUUGAAGCUAACAAACACAAAAAGAAACAAAUUAACACUCAGUCAGAAGAGGAGUACUGUUUAACCGCGGCUGUUGUGUGCGUGGAGGACAAUCCAAAGAACUUGGUCGCGUACAUUCAAGUCUCUACAGACAGCGAACCGCGGUGGUAUCUCUUCAACGAUUUGAGCGUUGUACCCGUGAGCUCCGACGAAGUGGUACAGUUUAGCGCGUGGUGGAAAUCGCCCUGCGUCUUGUUCUAUACAUCGAGUAACGCGAGAAACGUCCACGAAGAACCCGUUCAGACCUCAUAG